AUGGACGCCCAGCCAAACGUGCCAGCCACCGCGGAUGCGCUCUUCAACGCUCCAGAUGCUGACCUCGUCCUUCGCUCUAGCGACAACGUCGAGUUUGCCGUGCAGCGCAGCAUCGUCCGGUUGAUCUCGACGGUCUUUGAUGACACCCUGUCUCUUCCUCAAGGACCGGACGCCGAUGCCACCUCCGUCCAGAUGUUCGAGGACUCCAGUACCCUUCGCCUGCUUCUCCAGGCCUGCUACCCUCGAUCGGUAUGCAACGAGCCUGACUUGAAGAACAUCUUGGACAUCAAACGCGCGGCUGCACUCGCCCAGAAAUACGACAUCGCUUUUCUCCACGAGAAGGUCACGAAGGCAUUGUGCGACUACUGCGACGUAUCACCUGCGCUCGCGUACGCUGUCUCUUGGAGAUUCUCCUACGAUGGACCUCUGCGCGUUGCCGCGCGUCGCUCUCUCGAUAUUCGCGACUUCUUCAAGACCCUUGUGGACUCCGAAGACGCCAUUGAGUUCGAGGAGAUCACCUCUACCGCCUUCGUGCACCUUUAUCGCUAUCAUUCUUCCGUCAAAGGGUGCCUCGAAGGCCUUCUACACCACUCCAAAGAUCGCCCCAUCACAUGGAUCCAGCCCGCACGCGUUGAAGGCCUACUCAUGCACGCCGCGAAUGGUGGCGAACCGAUGUGCACGUGUAUCACGACGCUGUGGUUUCGCGAAGAGGGAAACGAGAGGGCGCUCCAGUGGCAAGUAUACGGCUGGUGGUGGAACUACGUAUGCGCUGUCAUCUCCGCCGUUCAGAGUGAGUAUCGGGCUGGACUUGACAUUGCUCUGGACGAACCUCUUCUCGAGUGGAUGCGGGCUGCAGUUAGCUGCGAUAGCUGCCAUGGCGGCAUAGUCGCUCCGCGUAUCCUUCGCGAGACCCGCCAUAGCCUUGAAACCGCCAUAGAGGAUUGCCUGCGCACAAUUCCUCUACCCCUUGGCAUGAUCUCUUAG